AACCCACGUGUACACUCUUUCACGCUUUCACUAGCUUUCGAAGGGGAACGGAAGGAGAAGACGUAGCUACAGACAAAAAGAAGGAUGCUAUCGUCCAUUCGUUUAUCCUGGACUGUCAGGGCCCGUUUGUCGAGCGCCAGGUUUAGGAUUUAUAUGGACGGUCGUCGACCAAGAGCGUUCAGUAUAGAUGAGGGGAGAGGCGAGGAUGACAUUGACAAGGAUAAAGAGCUGUCGGUGAGAACGAGGGAUAGUUUGCCAGUUGCAAACAAAGGAGCCGCUGACCUAGACAAGACAAACAGCGAGGCCUUAGUCUCAGAGAGAGAAUCUGUGGCUGGUUACAGCUUUGACGAAUUGCUUGACAGAAUUGCUGCAGCUAAGCUUCGCAGAGACGAGAGAAUCUUCCAUGAUCAGCCAGCUGAGGUUCCGCAGAGGAGAAAGAGACAUCUGCACAGAACUCUCGAUAACAUUGACGAACUUGUGCAGUUUCUGAGAGAGGAAAACGGCAGAGACAUUUGCGUCAUACGAGUGCCUCCCGAGAGAGAAUAUGUAGAGUACUUUGUCGUGUGUAGCGGACUUGGGACGAGACAUAUCCACACAAUGGCAGACAAUCUGGCAGCUGAGGCGAGUAGACUGCUACAAUUCUACUCUACUCUGAGAAAAGCAAACUGCACUGGCUUUGUAAAGUAUUGUGCAUAUUGUGUGUUAAAGGGUUUAUCUGUAUAUAGGUGAAACGGUGCAGAGAUGGAAAAGGAAGGAGAGUGAGUGUAGGCGGAAAAGAGAGCUCUGACUGGACGGCAGUUGAUGUUGGGUUUGCAGUCGUUCAUAUGAUGCUGGAUGACACCAGACAAAGAUAUGAGUUGGAGAAACUGUGGACACUCGGCCCGAAAUACGACGAUCAGACUAUGAGCAUGCUAGCAGAUAGACCCUCACCCCCAUUUCGAUGACAUCCAGUGUGCGCACGCGCAAUAAUUAUAUGCGUUUGGUGA